AUGCUCUCGGGAGGAGCUGAUUCGAGUAUACGACUUUGGGAUUUGGAUGUCAGUGGACAUGAAGAAACGGACGAUAUCGCCGAUGAUACUUCACCGAAAGGGCGGCUGUAUGUUCAUGAAGAACCGUCAGUCAAAUGUGUUGGCACGAUUCCUCGUAAAUCGGGCCACAAGUUUGGAGUGUCGACUGUGUUAUGGUGGCCGUUUGAUAAUGGAAUGUUUGUGACGUCGUCGUUUGAUGGAACCGCGAAGGUCUGGGACUCGGAGUCGUUUGAAGAGGCUUAUUCUUUCAAUUUAGAGACUAGAAUCUAUUCGGUUGAUAUGUCUAUGGUCGGCGACCAUUGUCUAGUUGCUACUGCUGCAGACCACCCGUUAAUCAGACUGCUGGAUUUGAGAACUACGUCUUCAACACAUACUCUGACGGCACAUAAUGGCAGUGUGAUAUCUGUCAAGUGGUCUCCCACAGAUGCCAAUAUUCUGGCAUCAGGAGGGUCAGAUGGCACUGUUAGAUUAUGGGAUAUUCGUAGAAGUAAUGCUUGUGUGUGUAGUUUGGACAUGCAACAAGUCAACCAAACUCCGAAUAAUACUGCUGUUCAAUACCGUCGUGCUCAUCGUAGUGCCGUCAACGGCUUGAUCUGGACUCAUGACGGCGGGUAUCUAGUGUCGACGGGAAAUGACGAAAAGUUGAGAGUGUGGUCACUUCAUGAACCAGGAGGAAGAAAUCUUCUUGUUAAUUUCGGACCGCUCGUGCGUAAUAGACAUAUUCAGACGGUGAUUCCAAGUUUGAGCUCUGAUGGCGAUUUGAAAACUCCAUACUUGUUUUUCCCUUCUGAUAAUGGAGAGAUUUAUAUGUACCGAUUAGAGGACGGAAAGAUGAUGAAGCGACUGAAUAGAGGUUCUCACGCGACACUACCAAGAACGGCCUGUAUAACUGCACGCAACAGAGGCUCGUUGGAGUUCUAUUCUGGAGCUUUCGACGGGACUAUAUCGGCCUGGUGCUCUCAUAUAUCUGGCAAGAAAGGCCCUGAGGAAAGCCACGAUUUUGAAGCUUUUGAAGACAUCUGGGACAACGUCGGGUUUAGAUAA